AUCUCGUCCUGCCGCUCCGCUUCUUCACUCAUCAGCGUUAAGUUUUUAGGGGGGCUGCUAUUUUCAUUACAUUUUUUUUACGUGGAGGAGCGUCAACGUUGCUUAACGAGGGGAAUCCAGCCCAUAUAUUUAUUGUAGCCGGUGCAAAAAAAAUCUCCUCAAUAUACCCCAAGAUGGCCGCCGAUGUGGGAUCGAUGUUUCAAUAUUGGAAGAAAUUUGAUCUACGGCGGCUGCAGCCCUGCAAAACUGGGCCAACAUCAACAUCGAAGUUGCACCUUUGCAGAGAGGGAGCUAAAUUCAGUGGCAGCACAACUGGCUGGGCGACAGGAAGAGAGCGAGCACUCCCAUAAGCACGUGCUGGAGCUGAGCCGUGAGUUCAAGAAAAAUGUCCCUGAGGAAGUGCGAGAGAUGGUUGCUCCGGUCCUCAAGAGUUUCCAAGCCCAGGUUGUUGCCUUGAUCCAGCGCAGUAAGGAGGCAGAGUCUGCAUUUCUGGGAGUUUACAAACAGCUGAUAGAAGCCCCAGACCCUGCUCCUUUGCUGGAAGCCUCCUGCUCGCUGGAGGAACGUCUCGCCCAGCUGCAAAGCUCUUCUCCAGACAGUGAGUUUCUGCUCAAAGAGAUCUCGGGCCUCUGGAGGAGACACCUGGAGUGCCUUAAUAGUGCAGAUAGUGUAGAAAAAAGCCCAGAAAGCAUACAGAGAGUAGCGGGGUCAGAACAAUUUCCCCAUAUGAUGACCCCAAACAGCACACAGAGCCUCCAAGAUGGUGGCUUACCCUUUCACAACCACCAGGGCCUGGAAGAAAGGGAAGCAGAUGAACCAGAUGCUCUGUCUGUCAGAUUGGCUCAAGCUGAAGAGAAAAUCAAAACUUUUCAAUCAGCACUGAACAAAGCCCAGACAGAGCUGCAGGAGCUAAAGUAUAAAUACUAUAAGGAAAUGGCUGCCAAAGCAGAGGAACUGUCCCAGCUCAAGACAAACUUGGAGAAGGCCAACCAGAGAGCAGAUGUGGCCCAGAGGGAGUUGGAGCAACUGAAGGACCAGCUAACCAGCAGUCACAGCAUUUCUAAAGGGAGUGACGAGGGUCCCAGUGAGGGGAAAGCAGGGAGGGAUGAGAAGGACAAGUGCUCACCAUCACGGCUGGAAGCAGUGCUCUUCUCCAAAGACAGAGAGAUUCUCCGCCUGCUUGAAAAUGUCCAGAGGUUGCAGUUCACUCUUCAAGAAGUGCAGGACUCCUCAGCAAGUCAGCUAGCAGAUCUUGAACACCAGCUGGCCAAUAAGACAGAGGCUAUUGAAAAAUUAGAGGUUAAAUUGCAGUCUCAGUUGGACUAUGAAGAAAUCAAAACUGAACUAAGCAUUCUUAAAGCAAUGAAACUGACAUCGGCAAAUGGGAGCUCUUCCCAGGACACUGCAGAGGCUUUGCUACUUGACAAACAGUCAUUCCUACACUCCAACAAAAUUUUGACAGACAAAUCCAGAGUCCAACACUGUCCUGAUGAAGAUCAUUCAGAUGGUUCCAGUAGGGAUUUUGGGCGCCCCAUGAGCUCGUACUCCUCCCCUCCAGGAGCGUUACCAGUGGACAGUCAGUCAUCCUCCAGUCCAGGACCACCUAAUCCUGAUGGAACCUCUGGGACUCAUGAGCUCCCACGAUCAUUCUCUGCAUCACCGUUCUCCAGUGAGAAGCAUGCUACAGGGCACCUCCUGCAGAAGCAGCUCCUUUCUCCUCACUUUAAGAAGGAUGGCACCUCACUCAUGGCCUUUCCCACUGCUCUGUUUGCUGCAAAAGCUGCCCUCAUGUCAGCCAAUCCAGGUUCUUCAGGUCCCUUGGUGAUGGAAACUGGCUUAGCUAGUGACCAGUCAGAGUGCGGGAGCUCAGGAGGUGGGGAUGAGGACCACCUAGACACUGCAGAGAUAGCCUAUCAAGUGAAAGAGCAGCUUCUCAAACAUAACAUUGGUCAGCGGGUGUUUGGCCACUAUGUGUUGGGCCUCUCCCAAGGCUCCGUCAGUGAGAUACUGGCUCGGCCCAAACCCUGGAGGAAGCUGACAGUCAAAGGCAAGGAGCCCUUCAUCAAGAUGAAGCAGUUCCUGUCUGAUGAACAGAACAUCCUAGCCUUGCGCACCAUCCAAGUUCGCCAGAGAGGGAGUAUCACUCCUCGCAUCCGAACUCCAGAAACUGGGUCAGAUGACGCUAUUAAGAACAUUCUGGAACAGGCUAAGAAAGAGAUCCAAUCACAACGAGGAGGUGAUGGUAAGUCCUCUCUAGGCUCCUCGACAGGUCGCAGCAGUAGUGGUGGUGGCAGUAGUUCAGAUGAGACUAUUAAGAGCAUAUUGGAGCAGGCGCGUCGGGAAAUGCAGGCACAGCAGCAGGCCCUGCUUGAGCUGGAGGCUAGCAGCCAGAGUCUAUGCUCGCAGGAGUCCCACAAGACCAUGCCUGGCCCUAUGCCCACCUACAUCAAGCAAGAAGAGGGCAGCACCAUGCCUAUGUGCCCAUCCAACCCCAUAGGCAGCCCCCAGACCCCCCUCAGCGUUCUGUCACCUGCUGCUUUUGUCCAAAACAUUAUCCGUAAGGUUAAGUCGGAAAUCGGCGAGGCUGGAACAUAUUUUGACCAGCACUGGUCUCGUCCCUUUACCUCUGUCUCACCCUCACUCUCCUCUUCCUCCUCCUCUGUGCCCUCUACAGUGCCCCGGGUUUGGAAUGUGGAAUGCCCCCCGGGCACAGAGGAGGGGCCAGGCACUGAGGAGGAUGAACCUCCACCAAGCCGACCUGUGAAAGUGGAGCCAGAAGUGUGUGUAAGCGGGGAGCAGGCUGCAUGUGGAGGACCGCGAAUAAACUACUAUUCCUCCUACAUUCCUCGCACUCUCAAACCCACUGUGCCACCACUCACACCUGAGCAGUACGAGAUGUAUAUGUAUCGUGAGGUGGAUACCAUAGAACUCACACGCCAGGUCAAGGAGAAGCUGGCCAAGAAUGGCAUUUGUCAGCGGAUUUUUGGAGAAAAGGUACUGGGCCUUUCUCAGGGUAGCGUGAGUGACAUGCUGUCUAGACCCAAACCCUGGAGCAAACUCACACAGAAGGGACGAGAGCCUUUUAUUCGCAUGCAGCUGUGGCUUCUGGACCAGUUAGGACAGAGCCUCAAUCAGCAAUCCAACCACAGUCACAACAAUGACAAAAGUCCAGUGACAUCUCACUCUUCACCAUCCCCUCCAGUCAGCCCAGAGGACAACCAUCCUAGUUUACCUCUGGAGCCAGUGAGUUUGGUGCUGGAGAGCAGCAAGGAGAACCAGCACCCUCACCCACAGCACACAGAACCUCAUGGAGUGAAGGGCACAGCAGGCACAUUAGCACUCCAGCAGCCUCACAUUCCACUAGGUAUUCAGGAGCUGGUGGCCAUGUCGCCUGAGCUUGACACAUAUGCUAUAACCAAGAGAGUAAAGGAGGUGCUGACUGACAACAAUCUAGGUCAGCGUCUAUUUGGCGAGAGUAUCUUAGGCCUUACACAAGGUUCUGUGUCAGACCUGCUGUCCAGGCCCAAACCAUGGCAUAAGCUGAGUCUAAAGGGCAGAGAACCCUUUGUGCGCAUGCAGCUGUGGUUGAAUGACCCACACAAUGUGGACAAACUGAGAGAUAUGAAGAAGAUGGAAAAAAAAGCAUACCUGAAACGCAGAUAUGGCCUGUUGAAUCCUGCCUCAGACACAGACUCUCCACUAGCACGUUCAGACUCCAUUAGCCCAGGCCUUGCACAAAUGGAGCUGUGUGCCUACAGUCAAGCUAAGAAGCCCAGAGUAGUACUAAAUUCAGAGGAGAAGGAGGCUCUGAGGAAAGCAUACCUUCAGGAGCCCUACCCAUCCCAGCACACCAUUGAGAUGCUGGCCACCCAGCUCAAUCUCAAGACCAACACAGUCAUCAACUGGUUUCACAACUACAGGUCUCGAAUGCGGCGCGAGGUCCUUGUGGAAGGUCCCCAGGACAAUGAUGCUGAUGCAGAGUAUAACUUCUCUCCUUCAGUGAGCUGCAGUCCUAUUUCAGAUGUAGAUGAAAGGAAAAAUGCCCAUUCAAGUUGCGAUGGUCCCACAAUGCUCAAUGUCAAACAGGAAGUGGAGGAAGAGGAGGAGAAGCUGCAUAUCAGGCAAGAUACAUGCUCUUCCAUGACUGUGCAGUUCACUGAGAUGAAGACUGAAGAGGAUCAGACAUCUGGCAGCAGGGACCUGACAUCAUGUUGUCCUCAAAGUCUCAGGCAGGAUGAAGCUUGCAUCCACAAACUUAGUGUUUCCUCAGAAAACACUCAGAAAUGCAACACAGUCACACUUGAAGGGGAAAAUAAAUCACCGGUGGACCCAGCGAGCUUCAAGGCAUCAUCUGAGGCAUGUCGCAGCAGUCUGGAGGUGUCCCUUGACUCACCCUCAGCUGCCUCCUCUCCCGGCCUCAUGAUGUCUGUCUCACCUGUGCCAUCUUCUUCCGCCCCCAUUUCUCCAUCUCAGUCUCUCCAGUCUAACACCAAGAUCAGCAAGAGCACACAGAGGCGUGAUGAGAAAAUGGCCAACCUUAGCAACAUUAUCCAUCGACUUGAACGAGCAGCCAAUCGUGAAGAGACUCUGGACUGGGAGUUCUAGAGCUUCAAGCUCAAAGUUACUCUGAGUCCCUCAAGAGGGAUUUCUCAAUCCUGAGGCUUUUGCCUGUCAGCAGGAACAAGGAAGCGAUAUCUUCUGUCCCACAGAUAAAAUAUUGUCCUGUUAAAGACUUUCCAAAACUUUAAACAAAUGAUUAUUUAUAAACAUGUUUUAGGUAUUUUGAUAAAGGUAUCCUACUUUGAAUUAUAUGUUACAGCACUAGCUGUCAUGUUUUAAACCAAGGAGCAAAGAAAUACUUGGAUGUGAAGACUUUGCAGCUAUGGUGUCAUGAAAUGCACACUGAAGUUCUAUAGAUUGCCACUGGGUGAGAUUAUUUCAAAGUGAGACCUCUGUCUUAAGCCAUCAAAAGCACUACUUAUUUAAAAAAAAAAAAAAAGGGACUCUGACCAAAUUUGCUACUUUUUGAAUAGCAAUUUUUCAGAUUUUGUCUGUAAAACUGGACAGUUAAAGUCAAAUAAUGUUGAGAACUUUAUACUGACUUGAGGGAUAGUCCUUAAAGACUCUAAAUAGUGAACAAUACAUAUGUACUUAGUUUCUUGUUGACAUGUUUUGGAACAUUUGUUACUCAAGCGUAUAAUGUGUGGUUGUACGUGCUGUAGAAAUUGUCUGCAAUAGCCUUUCUCCGAACAAGAUGUAGCAUGGUACUCAAAUUACCCUCUUAUCCUCUAUAGAUAGUAUCCUGUGAUAUACUUGAGCGAUAAAAGUGAAAACAGUGGAAAAUUCAGCAAAAAAAAAAAAAAAAAAAAAAAAUUGAAAAAAGGGAUUGUAAGAAAAAGAUUAUUGAUAUAAUAUUUUGGUUGGUUUCCUUUAAGGAUUCUUCGGGGUUUACAGUAGGGACUUUUUGUGCACUUGGAAGCAAGUGAGCCAUUCGAAACUUUUGAGCAAUGUCUUCAUUAAUUCAUAUUGCAUUUACCUCACACUUCCUCUGAUGCACUGAUCUGUCACAGACAUGGGGCAAGGCAAUGGCCAUAACUCAGCAUUAUGGUUCUGAACUAAGGAUCUGAUCCCUGCAGUUCAAAAAUCUAUGCUUAAAAGUUCUACCAAUUAUGAUUUAAACAAUAAUUCAAUAAUGAUGUAAUAUAAGCUUGAACUGAGUCUCAAUACACACUACAUCAGGAAGUGAUGGGGCUUGCUGUUUCACUGGGAACAUUAUAGCAUGCAUAAGUUUCAAAAAAACAUUUAUUCCUGUUUCAUUGGUAGGCAUUAAUAAGUUUAGGAAUCCUGGCCUUCUCAGCACAUGUAGUCACUCUUGUGCUUGCUGGUCCUCUAGGAUCCCAAUUAUCCCUUAUGUGUGUGUCAUGGCAAACAUAGGCAGAGGCAACACCCUUAAUAAUAGAUAUCAUUUAAUAUAUACCUCUAUCACUGAUUCAUUGUAUUUUUGCAUGGGCUGUCCAAUACCACACAGUGAUGUGCUGUAAUGUGGGUUUCACCAUCAUGUCUGUCCCUGAGAAAUGAAAUCAGAAUAGGCACACUUGAACUUUUUUACAUAAGUAUAGUAAAUACACUGUACUUGAGUAAUAAAUGCAGAGGUUGUAGUAAAACUGAGUGAACACAAAGUGUUCACAGAAAUGGGACAUUUCAGUCAAAUCUCCUCUUUCUAGAAGAUUGUGUACUAUACCACAAUAUUGCAACCUUUACAUUUUAAAUAUGCAUAUACAUAAAAGCAUACAUUAGAGUGAUUUCAUACUAGCCAUUUUUUUCCUACUGAAAAAGAGCUGACUGGAGCACCUUUUGUAAUGAGACGGAAAAAGCAGCUCACUUUGGUGAUGAUGAUGUUGUGAUUUUGAACAGGGAAAAUCAAAAGAAGGAGAGCUCCAAUGUGGCCCAAAACACACCAGUGGCAGUCAUAAUUCCUGAAGGAUUACUUGGAAAACAUGAUGAUGUUUCAGGGAAAAAAUGUUUAGUUUGAAAGCAGCCUCAUGUGACACGUGGAUUGGGGUCAGAAAAGUGGCAAAAUGAAAUUAUAUCACAUAGAUCCUAAGAUUUUUAAUCCCUCAAGACAGGACAUUUUGCAGUGUUUAGUUUCAAACUUCAAAAGCUAAAACAGGAAAGUUGUAGUAAUGCAUUGGUGUAAGAUUUAUAAAACGUGUCAAAGGGGGAGAAGCCAUGCCAACAGUUUUAACCAUAACAUAAUCACAUAAUUUAGUGAGUUUUGAAUUCCUUUAUUUAGUCAACUUCUAAAAUAUUAAGCGCCUAAACAAUAUCCCCCCCACCCCCACCCCCCACUUAUCCUUUAAGUAAUUCAAUAAUUUGCCUGAGAUUUGGGGGCAUUCUGCUGCUGGGUACUGAAAUACCUUGAAAUACUUUUUUUUGGACACAAAUACAAGUGUUUUGCUACUGAGUUUAGUUUUUCUUUAUAUUUUCUUGGUAGAUGAAGGUCUUGAAUACCUCAUAUAAGAACUACUUUACAGCACUUACUGUUUUUAAAAAAAAUUGAAUAUUUGAGAAUAGUGAAAAUAUGAAAACUGUUCUAAUUGUCUGUUCCACAGGUCUUUGCCUUGAUGUAUUGUUGAAGUUGAUAGUAAAAACACUUGCACAUGUCUUAUUAGUACUGAGGAUUGAAAUAAUAAACACAUGUAUAGAUAUAUGAAUAUUACACAUUUACUGGGAAAUAAUAUCUUAGGGUUCUUGUUGCUAGUGUGCUGAUGUGUUUAAAUAGAGUGUACAGUUAUAUUAACCAAACACACAGAGUCAGACCUCGUUUGGCAAUCUUGGCCAUGUUCUAGAACCUUCUCUCAGGGUUAUCUAGCUUGUUUAAGCUUUAUCAAACCAGUCAGGUUACGUUGCUGGUUAGCUUAAAUUGUUCAUGACUUCUGCUUGAUUUUCCUGCAACACAGAGCAAUUUUAUUUAGAGCCUAAUUCCUGUGUUCUUCACAAUUUCUAGCAAUUGGAACAUAUUGUUACCUGAGAAUAAGUUCAACUAUGAGCUGAAAUUGGGAUAUUGAAAGAGCAUGUGUGUGUGUGUGUGCUAAUUCUAAGCUAAUCUCUUAGUCUUCAGUACUUUAUCAAAAUGAUGUACAUUUUUAGCUGAUUUUCUCCAAGCAUGUUAGUUUGUUUAAAGUACCUUGUCGUACCAAUUGUGUAUCAUAUUUCAAGGUAUGUACCAUACCCAUGAAUAAUUUUGACAUCAUUAUCUGAUAUAGCAUAAUAGUUAUUCAGUUAUAUAUAGAAUUAUUUCAGAUCUCGUCACAGUAUACCAUCAUACCAUUCCAAGCCUACGUUUAAGUGUGAGAUCAUUUCAGCUAAUUUAAUGGGUAUGUGCCUUUGGCAAGCCAAAAAAAAUAAAUGGUAGUAAUUUACGACUGUUGCUUUAUGAGAAAACUGCAAACAAAAAUCCAGGUAGACUGUAAUUCUCUUUAUUCAAGAGGGAGUUUACUGGACAUUUAUUAAACACAACACUGGUCUCUUCUGAAUACUGACACUGCCCAUUUACUGCCCGCAGCAGAGAUGAUUCAUAAAAGCAAAAACAAUGCCAUCACUUGAAUGAGCUCAAACUUCUUUAUGAUACUUUAAUUUACUUAUAAUAUUUUCAUUUUGAUCUCUGAAUUAUGACUUUACUUCAGAUUUCUUUUUUUGCAUACAAUUUUGUUACAUUUGUAUUUCCUGUAAUCAAAAAUAAUAACUUGAGAGCAGUUCCUUGCAUGCCAAUACAGCAAUUUGUAAGGAAUUUGGUGAUGCUUGGAAACUCCGAUUUAAUCUCAAAAUUAUUUUCACCACAAAGAUCUUGUUCAUUUUGGUGCUUGGGUGUAUUGUAACAUAUCUUAAAACUCCCUUAAACAGUCUUCAAGACAAAUUAUGAAUUAGAAAGGCUUUAGUUGUGUGAAAUUUGUUUUGUAAUAUCCUUAUGAUGUGUGAAAAAUGGCUCCUGCAAUAUUUCAACAUUUUGUUCUGAGCAGCAAAAACGAAAAAGUAAUUGACUGAAAGUUUGAGACAUUUUCACUUCUACCCUUUCCUGUGAAAUAUUCCCGUUUUGACACGCAUCUCACAUGUCAUGUCUCAAUCAUAUGUAUCAAGCCAUUGUUGAAUACAGUGCAUCAUUAUAUAAAA